AUGCUAAAAUAUAUUUUAGUAAUUUUUAUUUGGUCUGUGUAUUUUCCAUCGGAAAUAUCAAACCAUAUUCAUAAAACCCUUAAAUUAAAAUCAACGAAAAAUGAAUCAAAAGGAGUUCAGAAAGAUAAAGGUGUUAGUAAUAUUGAAAAUUCUAUUAUGAGAACAGUUGACUCAGUUAAUAUUGUUUUUGAUCCCGUUUCUAAAAAAUUUGUUCCUUCAAAUUCAAGAAAAUCGCAUAUAGUUGGUGGCUUUAGUCAAAAUAUACCAGACGAAGAAGACGUUGAAAAAAGCAAAUUUGAAAAAGCUCUCCGUUUUUUUGAAAAAAUAAAAGAUGAUAUGAUGAGAAUUGGUGCCAAAAUUAACAAUGAAUUAGAUGGAGAAAAUUUUGAAACAUUAGAAAAGUACACAGAAAUUUCUGCUAUAUUAAGAGAAAGUUUAGCUGCCAUGCAUUCAUUAGAUGUAGUAAGAAAUGAAAAAAGCAUGACUUUCUCAAAAUAUACAACGGAGUGGUAUGCAGAAGCAACGCUAAAAGAUAAAUAUGAUACCAAGAAAAGUAUACAAAAAGAUAUGAAAAAAAUUAUUAAGAAAGAAAUAAAUUCAAAAAAAGUCUCAAAUAAAAAAAUAGAUGCUAGUAUUGAGAAACUUGAAUUAGACCUUUUAAUGCAGAAAUUUGUUAUUGAAAACACAAAUGUAACAAAAUUAUUAAAAGAACACAGUAAAAAUGGAGGCGAUUAUUUGUCCCCUAUGCAUACUGAUGUUUGCGGACAAUUAGGAAGUAUAUUAGCAAGUUACUUAUUUGAGAAAACAUUUAAAAAAUCUGUCAACAAUGAUUUGAGUUUCUUCAAAAAAUAUCUUCCUCUUUUAAAAUUUAGAAUACAAACUAUGAUUCAAAAUGGAACCCUUUUGCUGUUGGAGAAAGAUAUAUACGAUUCUUUACAUUCUUUUAAGAAUAAAAUUGCCGAACUUAUGAAUAAAAAAUUUGGGUUCAAUGAUAUGUGCCCUGAAAAAUGCUUAAAUGAAACUGUCAAUGCAGAUUACAGUUUAGAAGAAUAUGAAAAAAACUUUAAGCCCACUAAUACAUUGCAACGAAGAGGAGAUUUAACUAGAUUAUUAUUAUAUUACUAUAGAGAUAAAUUAUUUAAUAUAGAAGCAACAGCUGAUUUUAUUUUAAUAAUAUUACUUUAUCUUAAUUCUGCAACCGAAGUUUCAGAAAAAGGAUUUUUAGAUGUCAGUAUUAUGUAUACAUCUGAUAAAUUUAAUUUAAUAAAUAAAACUAUUAAUAAAAGUGGAGAGAAAAAAAAAGGUGACAAAAUAAAUAUUAAGAAAAUAGCUCCCUUUAACUUUUUUCGAGAAGAAUCACUAGAAAGAUCUGGGAAUGAACCAAUAUUUGCUAUUGAUGAUAUAAUAAAAACCUGCUCAUUAUUAAAACGCUCAAAGUAUUUUAGUUCCUUAUUCGAAUUAACAAGAAAUUUAUGGAUAGAUAUUCAAAACAUGUAUUCAGCUUCUUACGGAUUUACUGAAUCAAAAAAAGUAAAAAUUGGAAAAUUUGUCGCCUCAAGAAUUAGAAAUGUUGGUUUUUUAUUUAGAUGGUUUAGCAAUAAUAAACCUUCAUUCAAAAAUAUGAAUUUCUUAGUUAGACAUUUCUCACCUUUACUUUCUAUAAGCUUACAAUUAACUUUUUUUAUAAGUACUAUGAUUGAACAAUAUGAAUCAAGUUUUUUAAGAAGUUUUUCGGCAGUUUUAAAAAAGAUUUUCACUUUAGGUAGAAGUGGAGCAAAUCCAAAAAAUUAUGAUGAUUUAAUCAAAUUUUCAGAGACAAAUUAUUUAUUAAAACAUAACAAAGUAGAUAGUGCUCAAAGAAUAAUUAGUCAAAUAGUUACAAUGUUAAAAAAAAAAUUUUUAUCUCUACCUUAUACUCCUACACUACUUGCUCAGUUUGUUUCUACUAUCCUUUCUUUAUGGGUGUUUGAAAAUGAAAAAGAUGUUUCAUUACAAAAUUCGAAUGUAUCAAGAUUUAAAAAGUUGUUUUUUCUCACAUACUUUGUCCAUAAUGAUGGUCCAGUAGAAAAAGCUGUUGAUAUAAUUUAUAAUAGAUGUAAAAGUAGAACAAAAAAAAUAGUUUUAGGUUGUAUACAUGAUUAUGGAGGAAUAGAAAAAAGUAAAUUCUUUGGAUUAAUAAAUAGAAAAUGUAAACCUAUAAGAAUUAAUAUUAAAAAACGUAGCAUUCGUAAAAUUUUAAAAGUUCUUAUGUCAUCUUUAUCUAAUCCACUGGAUAUUUUAAAAAUUGCUGUUGAUACAGCUACAAGAUGUGAUUAUUUUUAUCGUAGUCCAUCAAAGGAAAAAAAUAAAGAAAAUAUAAAUAAAAAAAAUUAUGAUUUAUUUAUUAAAUCAGAAUUAUCUCUCCGAUACAUAUGCGCUACCGUGACAAAGAAAAUUGUUCAAAAGAUUAUAAAAGAUGUUUCACGACUUAAAGAUAUGAAUCAAGCUCAAAGUAUAAUUGAUAAAACAUUAAAUAGCCUUCAAUAUUUAAAAAUAAAAAAUCAUAGAGAUGAAAGUAGCAGUAUAACCAUUAUUUGUCCCUUUAUGGAAGGAAACGAUAAAAAUAUAAGAGAUUUAGAAAGAAGUCAAAUAGCUUAUUUUGUUUUCAAGAAUAUCGGUAUGCUUAAAAUUCUUAAAGGAAAAGUUUUAAACCUCUUUAAGAAAUCUGUUUCUAUUAGAGAAGGUAUUAAAUCAGACAGUUCUAUUUUCAUAAAAGUUGGAGCUCGAAAAUUUAAUGGCCUUCUCUUUACCGGGGGAUAUCAUCUAAACGUAGAAAAUUCUCAACGUGAUACCCUUCAUAUUGAUUUUUCAGAAUCAAGGAAAGUAUAUGAUGGAAGAAAUUUCGUUGAUGAAUUAUCAAUAAUAAAAGAAGAUGGUGUUAAGAAAAUUGAAAUGAAAGGAAUAAAUGAAGGAUAUCAAAGAAUUUAUGUUCUUCAUGAUGGCACUAGGUUAACUGAAUUUGAUUUUGCCAUUCAGAAUCCUAAUGCUAAUAUAAUUGUUUUUGAUGGAUUCAAUUAUAUUUCAUCUCGAGCUCUUAGCAUAAUGGGAUUAAGUGAUGAAAGACUUGUUUGGGCUGGAGAUAAUGUAGGAUGGAUAGCUGAAUUUGCUUUAAGUCUUAUUUCAGAAAGUCCAGUACCCAUUUUUGAUGGUCAUGCAUGGGUAUUACUUGAUAAAUUAAGUGUCAAGAGUAUCUUAGGUGAAUUUUUACCAAAUAAUGUAGACGGAAAUUUACUAGCUAGUAAUGUUACUUUUGUUAUUUUAAAUAAAAACGGGAAGCAAAUUAGGAUUGGUGAAACACCUAUUAUAGACCUGAAGUAUGCAACACUUACGCUAGCAGGUAUACUAAAUUUUGUUACAAAAGCAGAAAAAGGAAAAGAUAAUGAAAUAAUUGUUCAUACUAGAAUACCAUAG